AUGGUGAUAACACCAAGAUCUAUUGAAUGGUUGCCAAAUGAACUUUGGUUAUUAUUUAUGAGCUUCCUUUCAUCAAUCGAUCUUUAUCGAGCGCUAGUUGGUCUCAAUCAUCGUAUUAAUGGUUUAGUUUUUGCCAUGUCUCCACGUCCAAUUCUCGAUACAUCUCAAUGCGAUAGCAGUAGCAUUCGUUUGUCUGAUAUGUGUCAACUACUUGAAGGGAAAGAUGAUUGGUCAAAAUAUCUUCUCUCCUCAAUCGAUACUAUUCGUCUUUGUGGUACACUUGCUAGUGAUGCACUUUGCAACAACCAUCACUCUCUAAUACAGCUUUCUUCCAUCAAUACCUCUUUUUCACGUUUAUUUCCUUCACUUCGUCGAUUGUAUAUGACAGAAGGAGCCAUAAGGCGAAUUAACAUAGUAGAAGCGUUACUUCCAUUGUCAACAUCACUUCGCUAUAUUCAUUUCACAUUUGGUACGCCUAUACGCAGUUCUUCGUACUUGAAAAUGCUUAAUACUUUCACUGAUCAUCAACUCUCGUUCUACAGUAUGGUAUUUGAUGUCGAAGUCGAUGGCAUCAGUGACGACUGGUAUUUCGAUACAUAUGAAUGGAAAACAAUGCAUUUGCCGAAUACUGUUCAUUUGUCACUCUUUAUCGGACGAUUAAGUGAUCUAUUUAUUCUUCUUGAUACUCAAUUAUUACCUGUUCUUGAUCAUCUCUGUAUCACCUUUAUGAAACAAACGAAACAUAAUAUUCUAAAUGAUAUCCAAGUGACAAAUGUUACCAAUAUUGUAAGUCGUUUACGUUCUCUCAAGCUCAGCUACAUGUCACUAGACGAUCUUCUGACAUUUUUAUCAUUGGUACACAUGCCUUUAGUUGAAAAGUUGACUUUGAUUGAAAUUCAUGAUAAAACAUUCAAUCGUCUUAUCGAUUUUCAAAAAUAUUUUCAGUCAAAGAAAAAUAUGCCUGUUCUUCGUCCAUCGUGUCUUCGAUUUCUUCUUCGCUUUCCUGGUGAACUCGAGUGCCAAUGGCAUAGACAUUGUAACUUUGAAUGGCCAUUUGAAGCUAACAAUAUCGAUUAUUGUCUUGAAGAGCAGCGUUUACAUUGUCUUACUUAUUAUCGUUCAAAGUUACCAUCACUACCAAAGAAAUAUUCUUUUCUUAUUUUCACUCGUUCACCUCUACCUUACCAUCGAAUCAUACACAAUCACUCUAUUGCAAUGAAACUCAAACAAGAACCAUCAACAUCAUCGAUUCAAUGGACUUGCGAUCAUAUUAAAAGCUCAGAAGAAAUUUUCAAUGUUUUGUCAAAGUUUAAAACGACAAAGAAAUUGUCAAUUGGCCGUUGGGGUGGAACUAAUCUCCAAAAUGCUGCUACAAGACUUAUCAUCCUUUCGUCACACUUCAAUCAAUUCCGACUGGAUAAACUGCGAUCGCUUACAUUCUUUGUCAAUCAUAACUUUCUUUUGAAAUCACAACAAUUGCCUUUUCUUUACUUGCUUCUUUCAGCAGCACCUCAGCUGAUGGAUUUAACUAUUGGUUGGAAUCACGUCAUGAGUAUUGAUUCAGUUUUUGCCAGUGGACUUUUUGCUGUUUCACCUCUUCUGAAUUUGCGUCAUCUGCAUUUAUACGUUUGUAAUGGAUACGAAUCUAUAAGUUUACCAAAAUUAAUCGACAUUUCUAUAUUAUCGAAAUCUUUUCCACGACUCGUUUCUCUGUGGACCAGUAGAUGCGGUUUACAUCCUGAUGAAAAUCUGGCAGAAUUAAUUAUAUCACUUGUCACCUAUUUUGAACAACUCGUUGAAAUUAUUAUCAACAAAGGUAGUAGUUAUCGACGUGAUGGUUUUCAUGGUCUUGACAAAUUAUUGGUUCAGCAGAAAUGUGUUAACAAUUUAUUAAGAAAUACGCCUAAACUUCGUGAUACAAAUCGUACAAAUAUUGUUUGGAAUAAUUAUACUCAGCUGAAGAUCUGGUUAUAG